AAGAAGAGAUCAAACACUGGCUCGCUCUUCGCACGGCUCGAGCCCCGAGCCCAGAGAAGCCCGGUACGGAACCUUUCUCGUGCGCAGUCAUUCGGACAUUCUGUCUCAAGUUCCAGGGUCUUAUCGAUCACAGACAUGGUCGACCAAGCCACGCUCGACAAGCUUGAAGCGGGUUUCCAAAAGCUUCAGGAGUCUAAGGAGUGUCACUCCUUGCUGAAGAAGUACCUCACACGCGAUGUCUUCGAUAAACUCAAGAAUAAGAAGACCGGAAUGGGAGCUACCUUAUUGGAUGUCAUCCAGUCUGGUGUGCAGAACCUUGAUAGCGGCGUGGGACUCUACGCCCCAGAUGCGGAAUCGUACACUACUUUCGCAGACUUGUUCAACCCGGUGAUCCAAGACUACCACGGAGGGUUCAAGGCGACUGACCGUCAUCCUGCUACUGAUUUCGGGGACUUCAACACACUUCAUAAUCUUGACCCGGACAACAAGUUCGUGAUUUCUACGCGAGUGCGAUGUGGUCGAUCAUUGAAAGGUUACCCUUUCAACCCGUGCCUGACGGAGCCCCAGUACAAAGAAAUGCAAGAAAAAGUCCGCGCGACUUUAAGCUCUCUUCAGGGCGAGCUUAAGGGCACUUACUAUCCCCUCACAGGCAUGGACAAGAAAACCCAGCAACAGCUCAUCGAUGACCAUUUUCUCUUUAAGGAGGGCGACCGCUUUUUGCAAGCAGCCAACGCUUGUCGUUUCUGGCCUACUGGGCGUGGCAUCUAUCAUAACGACGCUAAGUCCUUCUUGGUCUGGUGCAACGAGGAAGACCACCUUCGUAUCAUUUCCAUGCAGAUGGGAGGCGAUCUGAAGACCGUAUACUCUCGCAUGGUAAACGGAGUAAGGCAAAUUGAGGCAAAGUUGCCUUUCUCCAGGGAUGACCGCUUGGGGUAUCUAACAUUUUGCCCCACCAACCUGGGCACCACCAUACGCGCAAGCGUCCACAUCAAGGUGCCAAAGCUGGCUGCCGACCUUAAGAAGCUUGAAGGCAUCGCUGGGAAGUAUAACCUUCAAGUUCGAGGCACCCGUGGCGAGCACACACAGAGUGAGGGCGGCGUGUACGACAUUUCCAACAAACGUCGUCUCGGACUCACUGAGUACCAGGCGGUGCGUGAGAUGCACGACGGCAUCCUGGAGCUAAUCAAGAUGGAAGCAGCGGCUUAAUUCCACGCAUCGUGUCAAUAAAUCGACCCGCUUUAUUGCGGUGAACUCCCUCUGA